CUCUCUAGAUUAUGUUAAAAUCUUAUGAGCAUGAUUUAUUGCAUGCCAUUUCUUACUCAUAAUUAUGUUGUUGCCUGGUUCCAAAUGUUGAGUAUGGUGCUUAAAUUUUGAGUGAAGUAGAUUAGGUUACUAAACAAUGUAUCUUGUCUGCUACAAGAAGUUCAGUCCUAUUAAAGUUCGUUCUUUGAAGGUGCAGCUUUUCUGCUACAUGUGCUCUUGCACAUGUGAGUGUGAUGGACAUGCUGCGUUUCCACAAGUUCACCAUAGGUGAGUCUUUGUCCUGUUGCACUGCAAGAUGCCAUGUUUAUUAUGUCCCACUGUUGGAACUAUUGGAUUUGAUAUGUUGGAUUUGCCAAAUCAUAUUAGCAAGAUUCAUGGAUGCCUUCUUAAAGUUGACCUUUGGGAUUGUGUUUGCUAAUUUCUUUAUAUAUUACCUUUCUAAUUUUCAGGAACCUGUGCAUUCUAAAGAUGAUAUCAUAAAGUUCUGUGAAGAAACCGGUUUACCUGUGGCAUUAGGUGAAACUAUUGACCAUAUUCAAGGAGAUCCUCUCAAUAAGCUUAUGACAUUUGUACACCAAGGAAUAGUUGCUGUUGUUAUUAAACCAAGUGUUGUUGGGGGGUUUGAAAAUGCAGCAGUGAUUGCAAAAUGGGCACAACAACAUGAAAAGAUGGUUGUUAUCAGUGCUGCAUAUGAAAGUAGCCUAAGUUUAGCAUCAUAUGUUCACUUUGCAUGCUAUCUUGAGCAGCAAAACACGGAGAUCUGCAAGAUGAAGAAUAAGGAAUAGCGCCCAACUAUAGCCCAUGGCCUGAAGAAUGAGGGUGGAAGCGUUUUCUGUUGAUCUUUUCUAAUGUGGGCAACUAUUAUCUACUUUUGGUCAUUCUUUUGAAUUAGGUUUAUGUUGAGCCCUCUCUACCAUGUGGAAUUUGAGGAUUUGAUUUUUUAGGAGGCAAAUGAAAAUGUGUUGGUUACCAAGACACUCUCUAUGCUCACUUUCUUUUGAUUGAAUGAAGGAUUGUAAUUAAUUAAUUAA